AUGCCAGCAGUAACAGAGUGCAGCUCUGGCAAUGAUUCAGAGUUCUCAUCAGAAUCUGAUUCAGAUAGCUCAGAUGCAGAGCUCAUCCAGGUCCACACUGCACUUGCUCUAGAUGUGAUGUCUCAAGAUCUGUGCAAGGCCCUUGAGGUCUCGCAGAGGCUAUUGCUCAACUUGCGUGGUAAAUACCGCGAGACCAUGAAGAAGAAUGUGCUCCUUGAGGCUGUGGUACCUAAAGGCUGCAAGCAAUGCAACCUUACUUCAAAUGAACUUGCAAUGGCAGCCAAGGAAGAUACAAUACAAGCUCUUGGGAGGAAAUACUCAAUAACCCACUGCCUUUGGAUCAACAUUGAACUUUUCCUGCUGUCAGUGCACACCUGUCCAGACAUUGACCUCAAUAGCAAGAAGCAUUGGCUUACAGGAGUCUCAAUGGAGGAUGGUGUGAGGGCUGAGCUCUUCAAGUUCAUUCCUGAAGAAGAAUGUGAAUUGAUGAGCUAUCAAAACUUUGGAUCUCAGUUUGGGAGGGGUGUCAGCAAUGCUCAUUCCAAGAUGGCAUCUGACAUCAAGUCAUGUCCAGGUGCCAUCUUUGGUUUCAAUGCAAGUAUCUUCAUAUGGGGCUACAAACAAAAUGAAGACCCUGACUGUUGCCCUCUUCUACUGAGUCCCCAUGGAGAGUACACAAAGUUUGCACCUGUGCUGUUUCCUAUACCUGAUAAGCUGGUCUUGAAAGUAUCACUCUUUGGCAAGUCGUUGUUGGCACCCACAGGUGCUGCAUCUUCUAGGAUGAAAGCCAAGAUCUGGAAAUUGCAAGCUAUAACACCAGGUAUGAUUGCUACUGCUGCUGUCAUGUCAUUAGGGUCAUUGAUAGUAUUCUCAUACAAGGCAAUAUUCCUACUCUCUGGCAAUGCAGAACUCACCAAAAUUGGUGAAACUACAAAGAUUCCUUACCACGAAUACCACAACUUCUACCGUCAGCAUCUACUGACUGGAGGUGCAUGGGCACACCAGGUCAUUACAUUCUUCAAUGAUGCUCUUUUCUCAGGAACUUCAUCUUAUGUUCCCCCUUCUUCUGCUCUCAAUGAUGAUGGACUGAGCCACACAUGGGAAGAAGACUUCGACCAUGCAAUAGAACAAGGACUAGAAAGACCAGUUGUUGAUGAGAAUCUGAACCUCCAAUAA